AUGUAUUUAUUUAGUAUCGUUGAUAAUGAAGAAUUAUCAUCUAAAAAUAAAACAACGAAUUCUAUAACUAAUCAUCGAUCAAAAGGUCCAAUAGCUGCUGCUGCUAGUCGUCUUGUGUCUUCUGUAUCAAAAAAAUCCAAUAACAGUCUUUUUAAAAAUUCAAAUGAUACUAAUGAAAAAGUUUUAUUAUCUAACUUUCGUACUUCACAAUCAAAUCCACAUUUGAUAAAUUCAUUGCAAGCAAUCCAUAAUUCAUCAAAUUUAAAUAAUCUAUCAACAAUAUCAACUAAUUUAAUGAUACCAACACCAGAAACAAUUGAUAUAGAUUGUAAUUUUGAACAAACAUAUACACAAACACGUGAAUUAAUUGAAAUAAAUUCUAAUUAUUUUUCUCAACAAAAACAUGAUAUUUGUCGAAGAUUUGAACGUUUAUUUAUUCAACUUUCGCAUACAUUAGAAUUAUCUUUACCACUUAUUCGAUAUAUUAUUGAAAAUUUUCAUCAUUUUGAUUAUAGUUCUGAAAUUCGUGCUAAUGGAUAUCGAACAUUAGUUGUAUCACAUGGUCAUGCAUGUUUACGUACAUUAAAUAUUCUACAACAUAUUGAUAAAAAACGUGAUGGUCUUUUAUUUAAUUUGAUGCAUGCAUCUAGAUUAUUUCAAGAGCUUGAAUCUUGGACAAAAGCUUUGAUUGGCAUGCAACGUAUAUUAGCAUUUGCUGUUAAAAUUAUUACUUAUACAGAGAAAAAACAGUUAUAUGUUGAUGUUACUCAAGUACCAAUGGAUAUUGAACUUGAUUAUUUUAAAAUGGUUGCUUGUGAUUCAGAAAAUUUUUUUGGUCGAACAUGUGGAUUUCAAUUUGCUGAUUCGGUGGGAAAAACACUUACUUUUCUAUUAGCUGGUUUAGCUGCUUAUAAUGAGACAUAUCAUCGAUCAAUACCAAUAGCAGCUGGUGUUGCAAUUGCACCAAAAUAUAUGCUAUUUCCUGAACAACGAGCAGCAAAGUGUGCUGCUGCACUUCGUGAUUGUGAUUAUUUAUUUUGUCAAUCAUUUUGGAAUCUUCUUGAUCAUGAUGUUGUCAAAAAGGGUUCACGAUAUAUUGUUCCACAUGUAACUGUAUCAAAAUAUUUUCAAAUUGGUCCUGAACCUAUUGAA